AUGUCUACCGCUCUUCCUUUCCUCAACAAGCUGCGCAAGCCGGAGCUGGUUGAGUUGGCCCAGCGCACCGAUCUCAAGAGCUAUCGCGACUUGACCAAGCCUGACCUCGUGCUUGCGCUGGACAAGCAUCUGCUUGAUAACCAGUCCGCCUUCGAAAACGACAAGACUUUUGCAGAGUACUACAAGCGCCUGCCCUCGUCAUCGCCAGUCAAGAAUGAGAGCUCGGUCGAGGUAGCUUCAACUGCUCGGACUCCUGGUCGCAAGCCCAAGCAGCCCAAGGAAACAAGGCACCCAGCAGCGCCGCCCCCCCGGACUGCAUCGCGCUCCUCCCGGGUGCAGGCUGUUGUCGAUGCCGUGCACCUGCCUCCGUCGCCGGCCGUGGUGACCGAUGCUAUCGACCGCCAAACCCGCCGAGUGCGCCGCGGACUGGACCAGGCAUGGAUCGCAUCAGGGGUCCAAGAACACACCGACAGUGUACGCGCAAACCUGAGCAGCCUCAAGGCGGUUUUCACUGUUAUUAUCUUGCUCGAGGCCGCGUUCCUGCUCCGCGACAUCAUCCCACUUGCCUACGUGACCACCACCCCAGCCGUGCCAGCGGUUCAUUUGCCCUCUCUUCCCAUCAAGCUUCCUGACUUGUUUGUGCUGCUUACCGCUAGCUUCUGGGCCCCUUUCUCGCUGUGGACCCUGACGAAUUUGGCUCUGCCAUUGGUGGCUGCGUAUUUCUUCAACCUUAGCUGGCACGCUGCUACCGGUGGCCAGGUGCGUCGCACCCGCUCGACCACGUCGCAGGCUAGCUUUGAUCCCUUGGCCUUCAGUAUUGCCAAGGCUGUCUUGGUCUACAAGGUCUACGUGGACCACUUCCGUUUCUUUGAUGUGUUUAGCUACGAGGCUAUCGCUGUCGUCAAUGAGGCCGUUCCUGGUGGAUACUCUGGUGUCCUUGCCGGGACUGCUAUUGGUGUGAUUGGUACUCUGUAUGAGGCCAUUCUGCGACGUUAG